ACAGCAAGAGCUGCACGGGCGCUCUACUACUACUGUGGAACCUUAACGGAAUCCAGCAGCGUGCACCAUGACCAUCAACAGCUUGCAUGACAGCAGCUCCUUCCGACUCCAGAUGCCAUGCUUGAGCAAGAUGGAACGUGUGAUUGUAGCUAUGCAGGACCCUGAUUUAGGAAUAAAGAUGAGAAAUCAGCGUCUGCUCAUCACAGUCAUUCCUCAUGCUAUGACAGGUUGUGAUAUUGUGGAAUGGCUAGUACAGAAGUUCUCUAUCUCUGAAGAAGAAGCAAUACACCUAGGGAACCUGGUUGUCAGAUAUGGAUACAUGUAUCCCCUGAAGGAUCCAAGGAACCUUAUACUGAGAACUGACGACUCUCCUUAUCGUUUUCAGACACCAUACUUCUGGACUACAAAUAAGUGGCCAGCAAAGGAGUUAGAUUAUGCUAUAUAUCUAACUAAGAAGAACAUACGGAAACAAGGAGAUUUGAUUGAAUAUGAAAAGGACAAUUACAAUCUCCUGCAUAAACGGAUUAAUCAUAGCUGGGACUUUGUGGUAAUGCAAGCCCGUGAACAACUACGGGCAGCCAAACAACGAAGGAAAGCAGAUCGACUUGUUUUAGAGUGUCAAGAACAGGCAUACUGGUUAGUUAACAGGCCACCGCCUGGUGCAUUAAACAUCAUGGAACAUGGGCCAGAACGAAGAAAUUGCAGCUCCAGCCGAGUCCAGUUGAAUGCAGAGUACUACAAGAGAGAGAUUGAGUAUUGCAGAAAAGCAAUGUUGAGAACUCGGGUCAAGUCCUCCAUCUGUCUUGAAGGCUUUCUGAAAUACUGUGAACAACACAGUCCACAUGACCCUAUUAUGUCAGGCUGCCUUCCCAGCAAUCCUUGGAUUACAGAUGAUGCCAUGUACUGGUCUCUGAAUGUUGAUUUUGUUGCAACACCUACCAAACUACGUGUGGAGCGUUGGGCUUUCAGCUUUAAUGAGUUGAUGAAUGAUCUACUGGGUCGGAAGGAAUUCCUUCACUUCCUAGAAAAGGAGUUUAGUGCUGAAAACCUAUGUUUCUGGGAAGCUUGUGAAGAUCUUCGGUAUGGCGAACAGCAAAAAAUCAGUGAAAAAGUAGAUGAAAUAUACCAACACUUUUUGGCUCCUGGCGCCACGAGAUGGGUAAACAUUGACAGCAAAACGAUGGAGAAGACCCUGGAUGGGAUGAAGAAUCCCCACCGUUAUCUUCUAGAUGAGGCCCAGAUGCACAUAUUCAUGCUGAUGAAAAAAGAUUCAUAUCCACGGUAUUUGAAAUCUGAGCUUUACAAGAAUCUUCUGAUGAGAGCUGUGGUUCCGCAAGAGACUAAGAAAAGUGUGUUCCCCUUCAUGAGAAGGCAGCGACACUCCAGCCCCAGUCCGGCAAUGGCUCCUUCAUCAGGAGAGGAUGGUGGAAAAUCCCAAUCAGCAUCUUCUGCAGUUGUCUCACAGCUUUGUCGCUUUUCCAAUCCCUUGGUUAUGUUCAAUGGAGCCAACUACCCUAAUGCCGAGGAGAUACAAAACUGGUCCCUUGCUUGUGUGCCGUCAUUGUACCCUGGAACCCUUCCUAGUCCUGCCUGCUCUUCUCCCAGUACCAAUGGCUCUAAGAGGUUCUCUGUCUGUUCUAGCAUUCCUUUCUCUGCUUUGGCUAAGAAUAGUGCUUCUAUACCCUUUUGCUCCUCUAAAUUAAAACGCUCUUCACUAGUUAAUGCUCGGGUGCAGCCGUGGCAUGCACAAGGCCUGAUGAAAGCAUUAAACCUCACCAGACCUGAGGUUCCAUUAGAAUGCCAGAUAUACUUGAUGGAUCAUUUCCCUUCAGGAGAAAAGGACACACCCCCAGAAUAAGAUCAUAUCCGACUCACUUCAGACGACUGAUGCUUCAGAACUCUGCUCAAUAGCAGCAUUUUCCUAUCUACACUUUCUACUAAAGUUUAAAGUGCCUCUGUUUAAUUUGGGAUGUAUAUGCAGUAUGUAAAGAACUAAUGGUACAUAAUAUGACCAAAUCUAUUUGAAAACCAAAAAAGGAAUUGUCAUUUUUUUAAACUAAGGCUUUGUUUUAAAGCUGAUUUGCACUGUUCAAAAACCAAAACAAAUGUACCUUAUGUUAAGCUAAGAAGUUGUUUAAAAAUCACAAUGUCAUAAUUUGUUUACUCUAUCAAUUAUUUCAUUUUCUUGUAUGACUUUGGAGGCUGAAUUUGGUGAUUGAUAGAAUCAUUGAACUGAACCAUCAGGCAAAUCAUCAAGGUGAGAAGGCGAAAUGUUAUUAAUUAUUGUGUUCCAUAUCCUUCUUCUUGGAUCGUUAGUGUAAUUGACAUUUUAUUGAUUUAUUUUGGCAUAGGCUGAGUAACAAUGCAACAGAGCAGUCUAACUGUAGCAUGUAGGGCUUAGACAGCGAAAGUGAAGUAAAUGAUGCAGAUGAUGGACUCAUACUCCUUAGUUCUCUUGUAUCUAUUCAACUGACUUUCCAUUUAUUUUUAUGUAGUAGUCAAAUAGUUAAGUACAAAAAGUGAGCUAAAAUUUUAGAGGAUGUCUGUAAGGAAGAUCCAGGAACAAUACACAAACAUAUUAAUUUAAUUACAUUUUGUCAUAUUACUUUUCUGUCUUUGUUAGAUUUAGUUUACUUCUGCAGUCCUUGUCUUUUCUUAGAUGAUGCAUGAUUAUUUCCCCAGCUCACCUGUUUGCCUCUUAGAGGAAAUAUUAUAGGGUGGGUAUUUAGUUGUAUUUUGUAAUGAGGCACAAGCUGGGAGAUGCAUUGAGAAGUUUUUAUACUUUAUUAAGUUUGAAAGGACAGUAGUGAUUUAGAUUUGAGUCUUUUGAACAACAUAUACCUGCAGCUUCUGGAUAAAAACACAUUUUCAAGAAUAAAUGAUUCAUGAAAGACAAUCAGUAA